CCUCGCCCAGGUUGACCCAGCCUCCAUCUACCUAAAGUAUCCUAUAUCCUUCUGUUCCUUGCGACAAGGCUCUUUCAGUUUCGAUGAACAGUACAAAGUGACCUAGUUGACACCGACUGAGCCCACAGUUCUUGAUAUCGGUCUCGUAACUCUCUACAAUCAUCUCCAGAGUCAGCGGAGCCUUUCGACAACGGUCCCGCCGUAUCUGUCCACGGUGUUGCCUGCGCCCCUAAAUUUGCACUGCGUCACCGGCCUCACAAACGACUCCAUUGAUUGACCUCAUCUGGCCGCCUUCGACCUCAUCCUUCCUUCCUCCCCUUUUCCUUCCAAACAGCAUGCUCGAGACAGCAAGGCGGAAAUCUUUGGCGUGGCUCAACAGUCAAUACAUCUAUGGACGAGUCCCUCUGCUCCACGCCUUCAUCCUAUUCAUCGAGUUAGCCAUGGCGGCACGGCUAGUGGCCAAGUUCAACUCUUACUAUGCACAAAAGCCGGUGUUGACCACGAUGAUCACGAAUGCGGUCCUCGGAGGUGUCGCAGACACAGUCGCACAAACAAUCACCGCGUUCCGAGCCCGACAAGCCAUGCUCCCUGCCGACGCCGAAUCGAAUAAUUCCUUAAUCUCUUCGGGCGUUGAACUGGAAGACCUCAACGAGAAGCCGGCGAGAUUAUCCCCCGCCCUGUCUCCUCGACAUCGCGGACCUCAACCCUUCGAUUUCGAACGGCUGACUCGGUUCAUGGCAUACGGAUUCCUGAUGGCGCCGGUGCAAUUCUUGUGGUUUGGCCGGCUCAACAAGUGGUUCCCCAUCACACCAAAGAGUGGAACGAUACCGGCGUUGAAGCGAGUGGCUUUUGAUCAGAUCUGCUUCGCGCCUUUUGGGCUCUCGGCUUUCUUCACUUUCAUGACUGUCGCCGAAGGAGGGGGCAAAGAAGAGAUUGUCCGCAAGUUUCAGGACGUCUACCUGCCUACGCUCAAGGCCAACUAUAUCCUCUGGCCAGCCGUUCAAAUCAUCAACUUCCGUCUCAUGCCUUUGCAGUUCCAAAUUCCUUUUGUGAGCACCGUGGGCAUCGCAUGGACAGCUUAUCUCAGUCUGACGAACUCGAGUGAGGAUGAGGUUUUGCAGCAGAGUUGAUCAUUUCAGUAUAACGACGCCGCCGUCGUAGGUGCCGACGGCAUUGCAUCAGUGGAGUUGGGACGGGCUUGGGCAUUUUGGGGUAUACCACAUUUGGCGUGACGGAUUCAACAGGAGCACAAGUGGCUGGCUUCAUGCAAGUUAGGACCGGUUCACAAUUGAGCAUUGACUAUUCUUUCCACGCUCAAGAAUCCUUGGUAACAAUAGAGCGUAUCUCCUACUUGAAUCUUGGCCCAGAAGCAUGUGAAAGCCGUCCGUGAAUCGCGUAAACAGAAACCGUCCUUUCUAGUGUCUGAUGAAAGUUUUGAAUUCUGCAUGUAUGAAAUUGCUAUUUCCGGG